CGGGACUUAUCAGACAACAUCUUUUAGAAAAAGAAGGUUGGAUACCAACUCCCUUAGUUGAUUACUUGCUAAGCAAAGGAUGGCUUAUAAGCACAACUCCAAGAGAGAUCAUAUACAGUGUAGGCAAAAAGUCCCGCAUUGAGUUUCCACCAGAUCGUGAUUUAGCUGUCCGCUUUGUAGGUUCUUGUGCUCGCAAUGCACAACAAGGAACUUUAAUCAAGUAUGAAGGUGAUGAAAAGCGUGGGCAGUGGUUACAUAUCUGUUCUUUCGUCCUUGCCUAUACCCAUAUUGCUGUACUCGAACAGUUAAAACGUUUUCCAGUUGAAAAUGUAUUGCGAGUAUGCACAGAUGCCAUUUACACCACAGCAAUUCCCGAAACUAUUUUAGAUGAAACUGUAGUUGAAAUUGGGCAAGAAUUGCUCCCCGAUUUUGAUAAAAGUCUCUUUGCUAAAGCAAAAAAUAGUGCAGAGUUAGAAGAAGUGCAUGCGAAAUAUGAGGCUGAACUAGAUAAAAAAAGAAAGCAGUAUGAAUCUGUUAUUGUCCUAGAAACACCAGAAAUUAAGUACGGUCAAUGGCGCAAGAAAAAGGAGGGAUAUACUUAUCGUAAAGAAGCAUCGUCCUGGGCCAUUAAUCAUAAAGGUACACUGGAAUUCCCUCCAAGCGACGCACCCCCUCUUUCUAUUGAUUCGAAACUAAUAACAUUGCAAAAAGUUUAUCUAGUUGGCCAAGGAGGUAGUGGAAAAACAACACGAGCCAUUCGUGCAUUUCCUGGUCGAAAGGUUGUAGUUCUCACACCGGCAAACUUACUUGCAGAGUAUCAUAGAAAGCAGAAUCCGGGUUUAGUAGCUAUGACCUAUCACAAGUAUUUCCAUCUUGGAGCAACUCCAAUUGACGAGUGGGAUCCUGCAUGUCUUGGAAAAAAAGCUCUAGCUGAAAUACUUAUCUUUGAUGAGGCAUGUAUGAUUCCAAAGAAGGUAUUGCAAAGAUUAUUAUUCUAUGCCGAAAGUCGUGGGUGUCAGAAUAUUAUGUGUGGUGAUCCAGGCCAACUUACACCAUGGGGUGAUAAGGAAGGUCCACAUAAAUUCCUUACUGAAUGGGCGGAUGAAGUAAUCUGGUGCAUGGACGAUUAUCGUGCUUAUGAUCCUGAACUCAAGGCAUUAAAAUUGCGCAUGUGGAUGAAAGAUGAUAUAACUCAAUUGCAAGAAUUCCGUGGGGCUAUAUCUACAACGUCAUGGAAGAAUGCACUUACUGAGUGGACUCCGGAAGAUAUUUGGAUUUGCUCUACAAAUGAUAUGGGUAUGCGAGUUGAAAGUGCAUUAAUACAGGCUCAUAAGUUACGCUUCCUUAAUGUACCCUCAAUUAUCCGCUUCGACCUAGAUGAUAGUAUCAAGCGUAUGUAUCGUAUUCAAGGAAAACCUGUGCAGAUUCCAAGCAGUAAUGAAAUUAUCGAAGCAUAUGUUGGUACGAUGGUAAAUGUACCGCUUGAAAUAGUAUUACGUGGUCUUCCUGCUGAAUGGAAAUAUGCCGGUUGGGGAACAAUUCAUCGAAUCCAAGGACAGACUAUCGAGCCUCCAAAACGUUGUUUCAUUGUGGACCAUAGCCUGGAAGGUUGGAUUAACAAUGCCGUAUAUACAGCCUGCAGUCGAGUACGAUACAUGAAUCAAAUGAUCCGAGUUAAACCACCAGACGGCGUCCUUGAAUAUAUUGAGCCUACUGAACUUCAAGCAACUCCUUGUCCCCAAAUUAUUGAGGCAAAAUUGAGGCGUUAUAGGCUGGAUGACCGAAAAAAGAAGCGUCACUUCCCGAGACCGCUUAUGAUAGUUGAGGAUUGGGAGGUAGAUGAUAAAACUGGUUUGGUUAAAGACCCUACAAUAUGUGAGAACUCACUCUAUCUAGCAGAAAAUGAUGAGGAGAAGGCUACUCCAUCGAUUACACCAGAAGAGAUAAUUUCCAUGGCGUAUCAGCAGAAGAAAGCUUGUAAGGUAUGUUGUGUUCCACUCUUAUUCCAAGGUUAUCCCAAGCGACAUCCACAAUCAUUUUCGAUUGAUCGGAUAGAUGAUGCUGAGGGACAUUAUCUUCAGAAUGUAAGACUUACCUGCCUCCGGUGUAAUGAAAGGCAUCGACGUUAA